AGUACAUGAAAAUGUAUGUUUUAUGCUACCCUGGAAAUACAUAAAUUAUCAAUAAUCUCAAAUUCUUUCUUCCCUAUAAGUGACCUGUCGGCAAAGUGUGAGGACUAUGCAAUUAAGUCAUUGUGUUACGCUGCACUCCCUCUGUGUAAUGAGAAUUUGCCAGAAGCAGAACCUAGACAGCUUUGUAGAGAAGAAUGUGAGAUCCUGGUAAACGAUGUGUGCAGAAUGGAAUAUGUUAUUGCUAAACAACAUCAACUGAUUGGACAACGGCUGCCAAUUCCUGAAUGUGAGGAGCUUUCACCGAUCACAUCUCCCGAUCAUCUGUCCUGCAUUCGUUUGGGAGUGCAGAGUGAACCCCUUGUUGAGGAUGAAAAGUGCUACUUAGGAAAUGGCGAGACUUACCGUGGAACAGAGAGCCAUACAGUCUUUGGACGAAUUUGUGAGCCUUGGAGUCAGAAUCAACUUUACAUGCGAACAGCUGAAUAUCCAGAACUUAUUGGUGGCCAUAACUACUGCCGUAACCCAGGUGGAGCAGAGACACAACCAUGGUGCUUUGUGGCAACUGAACACUCUGUAUCCAAGGAGGAGUGUGCAGUUCAAAUGUGCA